ACCGCUGUUAUCUAUAAUAGAUCUUAUAUUCCUUACACCUGUUUCGGACUACACAUUCACAAGACGGGUUGGCAAUGGCUUUAAUCAUACCUGUUUUUGGAUUGCUGUUUGGCUUCAUCUGCUCAGUAUCUACAGCUGGUCCGCAGUGCUUUGCCUGUUCAUCAAUUUCUGCGCUGGAGUUUUGUGAUCAUUCUACACAGUGUGCAACAGGAGAGAAAUGCUACAUACAUAAGACACGUACACACAACGGUCACGACCAGUACACGUCCGGGUGUAUCAGCAACCAGAGUUGCUCCCUGGGCCAAACUUUUCAUGGAUUAUCGCCAUACGGACAGGUGACUUGUGUAGAGUGUUGUGACGGAGACAUGUGUAACAACCAGGGCUGUGGGGAUACGGGACCACCACCCCGCGAAUCCCGGGGACCAUACUGUUACCAAUGUCAGAACAUGCCGGGCACAAGCUACUGUGACACACUCACUCUUUGUAGCCGAAAUCAGGCUUGUACGAUUGACGAAACGUUUUCAUCUGGGCACCACUUUGCAAGCGGUUGUCGACCUAAAGGAGAGUGUUCACACGUUGGCCCAGUGGAAGGUAGAGAUGUUCAUAACUUUAUUGGAUCUUCACGACCCUGUCAUAAGUGUUGUUCUGACGACUUCUGUAAUCUAGAGUGUCAGAGUCAGAAUCAACAAGGGGUGGUAUCUUGGAGUGCUUGGAGUCAAUGGGGUACGUGUUCGGCUAAUACCUGUGGUGGUCGCGGACAUCAGACUCGGAACCGACAUUGCACUAGUGUUGCAGGAGGUUGUAACGGUGUAUCUACUGGAGAACGCAAUUGUUCCCGUGGUCUCUGUUCAGGUUGUGCUGAGCUGUACAACAGUGGGCAGCGUACAUCAGGUGUUUACACAAUAGCUCCGGCUGGACACCAACCUCUAAAUGUCGUCUGCAAUAUGGGAGACGGAGGGGGAUGGACGGUACUUCAACAUAGACUCCAGGGAUCCGUUAGCUUCAAUCGAAGCUGGACUGAUUACGUCACUGGUUUCGGUGACCUACGUGGCGAUUUCUGGCUUGGAUUGGAAUAUAUUCACAUGCUGACUUCGCGGGGGGUCCAGAUCAUCAUUGAUAUGGUGGGAAAGCAUGGAUACUUGAUACGGUACAGCUACGAUCACUUUGAGGUGAAGAAUGCUAGUACAUCGUACGAAUUAUUGGUUGCCAAUGACAACUCUGUGAAUUGCACAUCAUACUCCCGGCUUAUGUAUAAUAACGGAUCAAAAUUCUCCACGCCUGAUAAACAGGGAAAGCACGGUUGUGCGUCUCACGGUUCCGGAUGGUGGUUCAAAGAAUGUUCAUAUUUCAACAUAAACGGAGUGAUAGGUGUUGAUGAUAAUAAUUAUGGAAUGGCGGCGCUUUGUCACCCCGACAUUGUUUCAUUGAAGGAAACAAUAAUGAAAAUAAGAUAACCAGCCAUUGUGCCUUGCACAUAUACUUCUUGGUUUUAUACAACACGGAUAUUCUAUAUAAAUGUUUAUGACAAUACAUGAGAUUGAAGUUAAUACUGGGUAUUGAAUUAUAUAAAUGAUAAUGAAGUGAUUAUUAUAUAACACGAAACUUAGGCUGUAUAAAGCUUGUCGUCUGUAACCACUGGUGUCAUCAACAAAGCGAACGUUUUUUCUUAUCAACGGAUUUUACAGGAUGCAACAGAUGCAACACCUACUUAACCGCCCCUCCAUAUUGGACAUUAUCUCCACAGAACCAAAACUUCUCUCAAAACAGUUAAGACAAUACAAAAUAUUGAUGUGAUUUUUUCUCUAAUAUCGUGACGACUUCUGACUAUAAAUAUGUUAAUCAAUCAGAGGUCACAACGGACAUGUUGGAUGACCGUUCGAAACAUGAAAUGUGUCACGUACAUUUAUACAUGUCAUGUCCCUUUUUUUAUUGAUGCAUAUUAAUUUAUUCAUUGUAUACAUACACUGACCCUCUACUAUAGAUAAUAAGUAACCUAAUAAAUCAACUGAAGUUCCCAUGGCAAAUCUAUUUUGUAAUCAUAGAACUAUGAAUGCCAUAAACAUUGAAAUAGACACAAGAUUUAAUUUACAAAUUUACUCUUAAAUAUGUAGCAUUAAACGGUUGUCGACAUUUCCCCAGAAAACAAAACUCAUUCCGUAUAUAUACAUUUGCUACCGCGACGUAUUGGAGUUUAUUAACUGCUAUGGUAUAUUGGGUUAGCCUUACCGGGGAUAUUGACGUAUUCCAUCCGUAAUCAUACCAGUGUAUUCCAUCCGUGGUCAUACCAGUGUAUUCCAUCCGUAGUCAUACCAGUGUAUUCCAUCCGUGCUCAUACCAGUGUAUUCCAUCUGUGGUCAUACCAGUGUAUUCCAU